AGGAGUCACAUCGCUAAAUAUCUUGAGAACCACUAAAGCUAUCGAUUUUAAUUUUGGAAUAGUUAUGACUGUUAUGAGCAACACUAACCCAGACACAUUAAAAGUAUAUAUUUUUUAUUAACUAUGGAUAAUGCCCAAUAUGAAGAGGGGGCAAAAUUUCAAAGUCUAGUGACUAGGUCAAGUGGCGUAUCAUCUGAAAAGAGCUCAAACUGUACAUUCCUAAACAUUUUUUUUUCUUUUUUGUGAAAUAAUUAUCCCUUAUCUCCGAAGUUUACCGAAGAAAAAUUAUGAAAUCUUUACAUUAUAUUAACAGUACUAUAAAUUUUACAGGAAAAAUAUAAUCAGACCUCUAUCUUGGUAACUUCUUUUAAUUAACAAAACACGUUUCCGAAUUCAUUUUGCAAUUUAAUCAACUUUACGUGUGUUUAUUACACUUGUAAUUUUUUUCAAAUUAAAGAACAAUGAUUGAAAUCGGUUCACAUGAUAGAGAAUUAUUCUCGAAAAACCAACAUACGUGCAUUACCUACACCGCGCAAAUUAGUUAGACAUUUUGCCGACAAAGUUGUAUAUUAAUACAACUUGUGAUCAAAAGUCUUUAUAGCUACACGAGAUGCUGUUUUGGCAAGCUCAGCGACCGUUUUUGGAGGUCGCACGAUUUGAAUACAAAGCUAUUAUGAUAGCAACAACGUGGUACGUGCAGCUACAAAGCAGAUAUUAAAAAGCUGGACACCUUCCACCUACGUUGUCUGUCCUUAAUUCUACGCAUAACUAGAAAUACUAAAUACGGUACUUUUUAUAUUAUGCUAAUAUUUAGAAAAAGCUUCAUGAUCUUUUUCAAAAACUAUUUUUUGGAGUCCUGUAAGUACCGAAAAUACCGGGAAAUCCUGGUUCCAUUUUUGCCUGGUACCGAAAAUCCCGGUUCUUUUGAACAGUACCAGUUCUGCAAUCCCUAGUGCGAAUCCGUAACAGUGUAAUAACCGCGUCAAUUAAUCGUUUCCUAAAGAAAUGCAAUCUGCAGCAAGGCUGCGCUCCAGUUCUGUUGCAAUUGAAAUGUUACCUUUACUCUGUAUUUAGUUACUCGUACACCAUCAGAGGUAAGUAAACACGGCUCACACAGCAGUCGAAAUAGAUACUUACGUACAAAAAUGAAUUGCACAAAAUGAUCUGCAAGCAACUCUAAUGGCAAAAACUUGGUUUAUCAGAACAUCUUUAUCAGUUAUAUUAUGUUUUGUAUAUUAUAUUUACUUGCCUUAUUUCAUUAGGUAUCUACAAUAUGACUUGACCUAACUUAAUAUCAAACAUUACUUUUAAUAAACAUGGCAAUAUAUGAAGCGCAUUUUAAAUAUACUUAAGGAGUAAAUUAGAUUUUAACACUUUUGUAUGAGGGUCGAGUGAAGCUUAAAUUGAUGCUUAUUUUACGUUACCUAUCGCCAGCCCGAGCACUCGAUCAGGGUAGAGCGAGUUUGAGUUUUGGCGCUCUUGGUUGAACUUUUUCGCGUUGCAAUUUUAGGUUGCCCUGAACGGGGGCUGUUAGUGAAUAUCAUAUCAAACAAAAGGGUACUCCCUUUUGUCACAGCAUUUUCAGCAGCAGCGAAGAUCUCUAUUUCAGCUUGGGCAAAAAGGCUUUGGUCUGUCCGGAUGUUCUCCUCUACAGGUCGGUCGCAAUUCUGAAUCGAUUCUCGUGAAAUUUUUUGAGCAGGUUCGAUGUUUAAAUAUAUAUUAUUUGUCGAUUAAUUUUCAGUUUUUUUUACAUAUAUAUAUAUUAUCUUAUUCAAAAUAGCGGAGUCAUAUAUUUAUUCAGUUUUAAGUUAUGUUCGCAAAGGUCUUGAACUCACAAAGCCACUAGUUCUACGUAGUUAAGUAUUUAUAAAUAUUUAUAAAUUAUGUAUAUUGUUGUCUAAACAAGUACCCGAAAACAAACAAGCCAAAUUGAGCUUACUGUAGCGGCUUAAUCAAUUUGUGUAAUAUUGUCUUAUAAUAUUUAUAAAAGACAAAGUCAGCACUUUAACACCGGGUUAGUGGAAUGGUAUACCAUUCCACUAACCCGGUAUAGGGACUGCUAUGCGUUGUCAGCAUUCCGCGCGGCUACGGAAGGCCCGACGCAUAGCUCGCUCCUUAGUUGUCUCCCGGUCGUGAUUGGGAAAAUACACGUCUUAAUUAAGUACUUCCGCAUUUCUUAUUAUAUACUCCCAGAUAUCCUAUACCCGGUGUUAAACCUGGAAUUUCCAUGAUUACCAAUACAAUUUGACACUGAGUUAACGGUUUAACCGGUUAACCCCCGGUUAGCGGGUGAUGCAAGUGGCGCUUAAGUGAUUAUACUCGUAGAGCCAAUAUUCCUGAGAAAAAAAACACAGUUGUAUGCAUCUUUGAUAUACCUAUUCUUACUAGUUUCUUACCGCAACUGUGUCUGCGAUGAAUUACGCUAAUGAUUGAUAAAAACUAUCCUAUGUCCAAUUGUGCUUCCCCGGGUCUCAAACCAUCCAAACUUUUUUAAGGGUGAAGAAGUAAACAGACAGACAGAUAGAGUUCCUUUCGUAUUUAUAACAUUAGUAGGGAUAUUUUUAUAGAUAGAGAGUUAAAGUAAAGGCAUGGCUAACUUAAAUAAUAUUUAUGAUUACCUAACACGCUCCAUUGAAGCUAAAACAGUUUUAUUACAAUUAUUACGACACCGAUAACACGUAUAAUUUAUAAUCUAUACUUUAACUACUUAUGUAGUAAACGGCGCGAAUAUUUUACCCUCAGGUCAGUUAUUCCCGUCGAUCAAUAAGCAUACGUCUUCGCAGCGAUAGUAUAUAUGUGAUCUAGACAUUCGUAAUAAUCAUACAUAAUUAAAGCUCACUCAACAUGUGCGUCUAAAGCGAUAAACACAGACAAGCAUGAUAGUGCGCAGGAUGGACCUCUCUACAUCAGCAUCAGUGAUCAGUCCCACACGAAUGCUCGAGGCGCGCACGCCGGGAGCCGUGUCACUAAACCUUUUGACACGACCGUACUAUUAGCCCAGUUAUGGAAUCUAUUCAAAUAAAUGAUUUGUGUAAAACGAAAAAUGGCAACGCAACGGUCUUUUUGGAUGUUACAGUGAUUGGAACGACAAAGUUAUGUAAUUACUCAAGUCGGAUAUGCGGGAGAUUAAAGCGAGGCCCACGCGAGAGACAAGCCAUCCUGCGAGGAGCCUGCGGGGCGCUCCGGCCGGGGCGCCUGACUUUCAUCCUCGGGCCGUCGGGCGCAGGGAAAACCACCUUAUUAAAAAUAUUAGCCAAGCGAAAGAAAGCUGGUGUAGAAGGAUCGUUGUAUGGUACAGACCGGAACACGGUGUUGGUCGCUCAACAGGCGUCGCUUAUAGACACCCUCACAGGAAUGGAAACCCUAAUAUUUGCAGCCAGCCUCAAGCUUCCCAAAGCUACAUCUAGGGAGAGAGAAAAUGCGAUCGAGUCAGUGUCGUCGCAGCUCGGUAUUCAGGGUGUACUUAACACGAAAGCCGGUCAAAUGUCAGGAGGCGAAAGGAAGCGACUGACGAUUGCAUGCGAACUACUUACUAAUCCUCUGAUCAUGCUACUGGAUGAGCCUACCAGUGGCUUAGACUCUGUGUCCUCGAUGUCCGUGGCCCGCGCGCUCCGCGACGUCGCCUGCAACGGCCGCACCGUGGCGUGCGUCAUCCACCAACCAUCUUCCAAUUUGUUCACGUCCGCCGAUGACGUCAUACUAAUGGCCGAAGGGCGGACGAUAUACGCGGGCGCAAUCCAAGAUAUCCCCGACACACUGGCUAAAGCAGGCUACAGAUGUCCUCAGUACUACAAUAUGGCGGAUUAUUUAUUGGAAAUCGCCAGUGGAGAGCAUAUUGGUAAUUUAGUCUACAUAGAGCACGAAGCUAAAAGCUACAUAAUGGAAAUGAAGAAAAUUGCCAAACACACAGUCUUAAACGGAAACGGAAAAGUGUACGCAACAGAAGACGAGGCUUUACUGAGCGCAGCGCCGGCGCAACCCGCCCGGCUCUCAGCCGGGCUGUGGAGGCAGCUAUGCGCGCUGCUGUGGCGCUGCAGUAUAGGCGCGAUGCGAGACGUACACUUAACACAGAUCCGACUGGUGUGUCACCUGCUGGUGGCGCUGCUGUUGGGCGCGCUGUACAACGGCGCGGGUGCAGUCGCCGACCGCAUCGUCACCAACACCGCCUGCCUCUUCUUCUUCCUGCUCUUCCUAUUCUUCUCCAACGCAAUGCCUACUGUUAACACGUUUCCAGCAGAAGCAACGGUGAUCCUUCAAGAACAUUUGAAUAAAUGGUACAGCUUAACAGCAUACUGCAUGGCCAAAAUCAUAAUUGAUCUACCAGUGCAGCUGCUUUGUGCUACGUUGUUCCUGUUUCCGGCGUGGUAUUUGACAUCACAACCGAUGGAAUACCACCGCCUGGGUCUAGCCUGGGCUAUCUGCGUUCUCAUCACGAUUCUGGCGCAGACAUUCGGGCUGGUUGUCGGGACAGCGUGUGAUGUCAAGUUGGGAAUGUUCGUAGUACCAGCCGCGAAUAUUCCGAUGCUGAUGUUCUCGGAGUUUUUCAUUCCGUACCACGAGAUGCCGACUUACUUACAGCCCUUCGCAAACAUAUCGUACUUCCGCUACGCCUUCGACGCCUUCGUGCAAGCAGCCUACGGCUUCGGGCGAGAACCACUGCCGUGCAACAAAGAAUUCUGCCUGUUCCGAACCCCACAGCAGUAUCUGAAAUAUCUAGGGCUACACAGGCCUUUGAUAUAUGAUAUCUACGCUUUAUUGAUAUGGAUAGUUUUAUUGCAGAUAUCGUUUAUAUGUGUAUUAAAAUACAGAGUCUACAAGGCAUGUCGAUAGUAUAGUAGAGGAGCAACACAGCUAGCUGGACAUGAGCUGGACUCGCCUAAAAAUAAGGGUCUUUCAAUUUAUAAUGAGAAUGAAAGAAAUAAUAAAAUAACCCACAAGGGUAUAUAAAAAAAUUAAGAGUCCUAUGAACCCGCCGCCUAAAAGCCGCUCCCAUACAAUCGAAGCUAAUACGCUCUCAUUUUAAAAAGACAUGCUUAACACAUUAACUGCCAGCGAGCAUUCUUUGUUCGUGGGUGCUUUUCACUAAAUACGGGUUUUCCCGAAUUAUCGGCUACGCUCGUAGCACGUAGCUCACGUUGGCACUGAAUGUAUUAAGGUACAGUAGGUUCAGCCAGCAGUUUUUGAAAAAUUGUAGCCCUUUUUUAGAUCUUCAAUGCCGAAAAAUAUGAAUAGCAAUCUUGAGGCCUUUCUCUAGUAACUUCAUCGAUUCGAAAAAAUCACGAACAAAGUUCUAAAAUGCACGUUUAAAAUUUAUAAAUUUUUUUGCACAACAUUUAAUAAUAGGUAAUUUUUUUUUAAUGCAGAAUUGUAUUAUCAUAUUGUCAUCACACUUGCUCGUAAACGAUGUUAUAUUGGGCAUGUUUUUUCAAGUAGGUGUAAAUGAGUUUUACUUUAUGCUAACGUUUAUAAUAGUUAUUUACGAUACAAGUGCAGAAAAUAGGAAAUUCGCAACGAGUGGUAUUCAAUCAAAACACGACCGAAGGGAGUGUUUUAAAUCGACACGAGUUGCGAAUUACCUAUUCACACGUGUACCGUACAACGCGUAUCUCGAACUUUAAAGAGCCAUAUGUACUGUAAAACGUUGUACGAUACACGUGUGAAUAAGCAAUUCGCAACUCGUGUCGAUUUAAAAUACUCCCUUAAUAACUACUGUAUUUUAUGAAGUAUCUCUAAUUGUAGUUUUAAAAUGAGAGCGUACGCAUAACUUCGGUUGUAUGACGGCGGCUAGGCUUGUGUGGUUUUUAAGACAGGUGAGAAGUCUUAUACUUACAUAAUAUAUCUAUCUACAACAGACCUACAUAGAUCAUCUGGCCUCUAAGCCUCUAUGAAAAGUCUCAACUACAAUUAGUGCAAUUUGGCGACAACACUUCAAAAUUAAAUCAUUCUAGAAAAUUACUAAUUGUGAGAACCGUUUGUUCAUUAUUUUUAUUAUUAAUUUCUUGUACUUAUAUGUAAUUCUUUUGUUUUUCUCAGAUAUAAAUAUUAUCAUUGUUUUCAUUAUAAUAGGCUGCAGAAAGAAAAUCAUCGAGAUGAUUUUAAUAGACGCGGAAGCAAUUGAUAUUUUUACUGUACGAAUAUCAAUUGCUUUAUAGUGAUGUGCCGUUACCGUUAAUUAAGAGAACAGAGAGAAUCUUCGGAUAAUUUAUGCGGUAACGUUCUCCGUACGGGUAAUUUGUUGUACGAAUCGUACAACAUGCCGGCAAUGUUGCCCAUGUUGGGCUGUUGGCCCUCGCACUCGCCUCGCCGCACAUCAUGUGCCGCGCACUCGUAGCACACCGGCUCGCCCUGUGGCUUCUUUAGUAAUGUAUAAAGACUGUUAAUUAUUUAUUUUGUAUACGUAUGUAUAUUUUAAUUUUGUAUAUUCUAAUAAUACAUAUUUUCUAAUUAUAUUAUAUUGUCAUUCUAAUAUUGUGAUUGAAGCCUUUAUAUUUAUAAAUAUAAAUAGGAAUAUUACGAUAUGAAUAUACUAGAUAUAUUAUCUUA